GCUUUUCCUUCCAGGUUUCAAAGGAGCUCAAGUUCUUUAUACUAAAUUCUUUAAACCAGCUCUUUUGUCAUAUGAAAAUGGUAUUGAUCAUUGCAUUAACAAAGCAAAAAAAGUUGCUAAAAGUGUUAUCAAUGCUGAAACUGACCCUCCUCUUAAUAAUAUUAAGAGUGAUUAG